AUGGUGGGUACGGACUGCUAUUUUGCUGCUUCAGAGGCAUGCAAUGCAUACCAGGCAGGUACAAAGAAUCUUCGAUAUUACGGCGAAAAUGAAACAAUAUUCGCCAGCAUAAUGAAGGAGCAGGCGAAAAGUACACUCGUGUUUGCACUGGUGGAUGACAGCGAGAGUGGAAAGGCUCUGUCAAAGGCGUUUUGUUCUCAUUUUGCCAUGCAUUUUCUGGUCCCAAUGGGGGCGUACACAAGGUUCACUCUGUCGUUUAUUGAUGAGGCUGCUGGUGACAUAUUAAAUUACCGCUGCGAUCGUCUAAGUGACAUUGAGGCUAUCAUCGAGGAGGAGGGUGGGCGGCACCGAUGCUGCUCCAUACAAGCUUCCGUGGUUGAACCUACCAGUCGCUCUUUUGCCUUUUCCAAUGUUCGUUUGACGUUAAUGCUUUGGACCAAAGCUGCACAUAAAGGUAACCUGUCUCGUGCAGCAGAGCAUGUGGGAAUAGUACUAGGAACACGAAUUACAUCCGUUUGCGUAUUUUUCGCUUCUCGAUGUUCUUCUUUCUUGGAUCGUGGCCUGGUUCUGGCACAGGAUUUGUGCAGGACUUGCCGAAACACCGUGUUUGGAGAGGAUGCAAAGAUGAAUCUGCAAGCUUGUCUAGAAGAUGCAAGGGCAUGGUCUUUGUUCUUGAAUGAGUUCUGCCACUUUGCACCUCAGUCUGAGGGUCCCUACCUUAUUAACCUCAACCCUCAGCUCUCAGUGGGAGAGAAGCUGGCCCAUAUUAUUUCAAAAGGAGUUAGCUACAUUCUUGCAGAAAAAGGCAAUGCUGGACGUGCUGACAUUGUUGUAUUUCCUUUACAUGAGACGGAAAAUGGGGCUAGACACCGAAGCAUUUAUUCCCCCCAUUGUCGCGUCAAGUAUGACGACAACACCGUUUUCCUUCGCCCAGAAUGCGGUAUGACGUAUGUGAACGGUGAAUUGCUCUCAGCUGAGCGUGCCCUGCGGCAUAACGACCGGAUUAUCUUGGGGAGGGAAAUGAUAUUUCGCUUUGUUAUGGUGUCAGCAAGCCCGCCGAUGACGACUGGUUCACGGAUUUUGGAUUGGGAAACGUCGUGCCAGGAGUUUGAUUCCGUAACAUCAGGUUUGAUUCAGAAGGCCCAGUACAACCAAUUCGAGAGAGAAGUAAGCCAGUUGAAAGAAUACAAUGAGCGGCUUCGGCUGCAGCUGCAGCUUGAGCGUGGAGCCAGCGAAGGGGUUUGGUUGGUUCUUAGCAACCCACCUUGCGACUACACUGCAUCAUUUGUGUGGCAGCUGGGGUGGAUGGAGCUCGGGGACACCAUCACCCUUGGUCCUGCGGGGGAUAUUUCUCUGUCAUUCCUACCUACCACUGGCGUUCUCACUCGGACGAAGUUUGGCUUUACGUACCAGACCGAUUCCGUAACGCUGAAGUUGGCACAUGCCGGUUGCUUCACCAAUGGUGAUAGCAUGUUUUCACUUUGUUUUGUAUUUGGUAAAUCAGUCGAGAAGAGUUUUUUGAAGAAAGAGGCUGAUGGAAUGCGGGAGUUGCUACCUUAUUCCGAAGACGAUAUCCGACAGCUUCGUAAUAGUCUUUUUGAGCUUCAGUGGUCCAUUGCCUUUCUGUUUGAUUUUGCUUUUCCGACGGAGGUCUCAGGCGACAGCGGCGCUCAUAGCGAUCUGCACCAUGCGAAGCGGCUUCAAAUGGGCAGCGACACCAUCUUGACAAACGCGAAAUUUGACCUUCGAGGUGUCACUGCCCUCACUGGAAAGAUGACGGAAGCCAUCCGUAUGAUUGGGUAUCAGAUGGCGGACGUCGUGAGGAAUGGGGUAUUGCCUAGCAUGCGGGAUGCUAAGCAGCUGGACGUUGAUGGCGGUGCAGCAGCGGAGCUGUUGAAUAGUAUCAGCACCGAUACAAAACUGUCAUAUGAGUUGCUUUUUCAAGUGCAUAAAUCCGUGGGAAGGGUUCUUGUCGAAGGCGGCGACAGCAGGAAGGGGAUGCUAACACAGGGUAAUUCUCCGCUGAUGACUGAGAAAGACCUGGAAGCUCCCGCUUCUAGUGAAGUGAGGAAACACCUUCAAAGGCUGAAGUCACAGUGUUUCAUUGCGUCUUCCAUCGUGGUGCGUCGGAUUAACGUUUUGAUGGACUCGCUUUCCCGAAGUCCUAGCCCCAAAGCACUGUUGGAGCGACACAUCAAGGUGUUGCGGCGUAUGGUGCAAUCUCAGUCGGAUUUUUCCAAGCUUUCUGCGCCUCAAAAGCAGAGUUUGGCCCUGGCUCUUGUGGAUGUGAUUUUCACCUUGGACUACAACGUAAGAAAUGACCAUCUUUCUGCCGGCGAGGAGGUGCAAAUGGAAAGUCAUCUAGCUUUGUGGGUGGCUGUUGGAGACGCCUGUUUGGAGGUAUUCAGACCAGCUGAAAAAGAAAAACAUGCGCUCUCUGUGGUGCAUGAUGCCACGACUCAGCGGAAGACCAACCCCAUCCGUCGCCAUGCCUCUCCUGCCGCACGAGUUACGUCGAAGAAGCCUCUUUCUCGUCCAGGCACCCCUUGUCAAGUUGAUGCCGCUCCCAACGUCAGUCCCAGGUCCAGACGGCCAGUCUCCAACUUGCCCGUGGAGUUAAAUAAACGGACGUCGUUCGGUGGCAAGUCACCAUGUGCAAGGCAAAGUUCCACCCCUACGGGGAGGUGCGUACAUUUAUUGAGGAAGUCUCCUAACGUGAAAGGUAACCUUGUCUCUCCACGGGCUAUCGAACAUGGAGGAAGACGCCUUAAACCAGAUAGAAGCACCGCCACCAGCACUACUUAUCACACACUGGGAAAUAAGGUAUUGAGUGCUGAUGCAGCAAAGAGCUUCAUUCCAAGUCAACCACGAACUAUUUCCCCCAAAGUAUCCUGGUUACGUGGGUCCUUAGCAACUAGAGCAGCCUCUAGAAUGAAGUUGUCAUAG